UUCACCUUGAUUGCACUGUCACUCUCAGAACCUGUGUCUGAUGGAGACUAUGAAGGGGCAUCAUGGCAUAUAGGGUUGAGGCAUAUAGAAAAGGAGAACCUGAGUCUGGGUAUGCAGAGAAUUGAUAAGAUGGGGCUGUACACCUAGUCUGAUCAGUCCAGCUCAAUACAACCCACUCUACUGCUCCAGAGGAGACUGGAAAGAACAGGGGCCAUCUAGGACAGCUGAGCCUGUGCCAGACAACCAACGUGCCCAUGGAACCAUAGGAAGACCGUGACAUCAAGGCAAUGACAUCACAGUCUAGCCAUACUUGUGAGGAAAAGGGAGGAGUGAGAGCCCUGCUCUCCUGCCAGACACCAGAGGCAGGCAGAGAGAUGUCCAGUCUUAUCUUGCUUACUCCUUCUAGGCUACUCUGCUGGGUGUUCAUCUGUCUUCUGACAUCAGGCUCAACAGAUGAUGAAGUCAUUCAGAACCCAAGACAUGUUAUUAGAAGCAGAGGAAAGGAGGCUGUUCUGAACUGCCAACCCAAGGCUGGACAUGACACUGUGUACUGGUAUCGGCAGGCCCUGAGCCACAGCCUUCAGUUCCUCGUGAGCUACUUUGAAAAGGAGGAGAGAGAGAAAGGAUCCAUUCCUGAUCGCUUCUCAGCUCAGCAGUUUGGUUCAGUGGAUCCUGGAGUCAUUCAGUCUCCAAGGCAUGUGAUUAAAGGCAAAGGGGAGAAAGCUAUUCUGAAAUGUUCUCCCAUGUCUGGACACAGCAGCGUGAGCUGGUAUCAGCAGGUUCUGGGUCAGGGUCCCCAGUUCCUUGUGAGCUACUAUGAAAAGAUGGAGCAAGAUAAAGGAGCCAUCCCUGAUCGCUUCUCAGCUCAGCAGCUUGACAACUAUAGCUCAGAAAUGAACAUGACGUUCUUGGAGCCAGGAGACUCAGCCUUGUAUCUGUGUGCCAGCAGCCUACACAGCCCUGCAGAACCACUGGCUUUCUGUACCCAAACUUCCUGUCCCAGCACACACUGCUGUACUUCCCUCUUCAGGGGCAGAAGUAUAGCUGACACUUCAGCUGUUUUAAUUGUAGGAAGGCUGGGAAUGACUUUCAAUAUUCAAACAGGAAUUGACAGAUAAUACUA